UUGAAAAAUGGAUCCAGAUCCGGAUCUGAAAACCCGAUUUAACUCAGAAGAGAAAGAAGAGAAGAGGGAAUUGAGAAAUUGCUCAUCUUUCCCGGUACAAUUCUCAGCGUUCCAGAAUUUAACAAAGUCUAUUUUUCAUCAUUGUGAUACUGUCACCCUAAUCCAUUGAAUUCGACACCAUUUUCUCAAUCUCCAAGCUCAAAAGCCCUGUAGAGAGAGGGGAGAAUCAAUCCAGGGCCGAUGGAUGAGAAGAAGCAGCUGGUGGAAGAGGAGGAUCGGAGCAGCGAGAGCGGAGACUACACGUCGGAGGACGAAGGAACAGAGGAUUACCGGCGCGGCGGCUACCACGCGGUGCGAAUAUGUGACGCUUUUAAGAACGGCCGUUACGUUGUCCAGAGUAAGCUUGGUUGGGGCCAUUUCUCCACAGUCUGGCUCGCUUGGGACACGCAAAAAUCUCGAUAUGUAGCUUUAAAGGUACAAAAAAGUGCUCAACAUUAUACCGAAGCUGCCAUGGAUGAGAUAACCAUCUUGCAACAGAUUGCAGAGGGAGACCCUGAUGAUAAAAAAUGUGUGGUAAAGCUUUUGGAUCAUUUUAAGCAUUCAGGUCCGAAUGGACAGCAUGUUUGUAUGGUUUUUGAGUACUUAGGGGAUAACCUUUUGACCCUUAUCAAGUAUUCUGAUUAUCGUGGAAUGCCCAUUCAUAAGGUUAAAGAGAUCUGUGUCCACAUUUUAGUGGGUUUGGAUUACUUGCAUAGGCAGCUUUCUAUCAUACACACUGAUCUCAAGCCAGAGAAUAUAUUGCUAUUAUCAAUGAUAGAUCCAUCAAAGGAUCCGAGAAAAUCUGGUGCUCCUCUUAUUCUUCCAAAUAGUAAGGAUAAGACUGUAGUGGAAUCUGCAAUUGGCAAAAUAAAUGGAGAUUUGACAAGAAAUCAAAAGAAAAAGAUACGAAGAAAGGCUAAGCGAGCAGCUCAGGGUUGUGUGGAAAAGGAAGUUUCUGCUGAAGCUGAUGCAGAUCCUGAAAAAUAUGCUAAAGAGGAGUCAUCUGCUAAUGCUAAAACAAAUGUGGGUUCAGCUGAAGAUCGGCCUACUAGUUCUGACAAUAUAAACAGUGGAUCUGAUGCCGAUGGAACGAAGAGCAAUGAUUUAGAAAAUCAGGGAAAUAAGAGGGGAAGCCACUCCACAAGGAAGAAACUGCUGGCCUCAGUUGACCUGAAGUGCAAAUUGGUGGACUUUGGAAAUGCAUGCUGGACAUACAAACAGUUUACAAAUGAUAUCCAGACAAGACAAUACCGGUGUCCAGAGGUGAUACUUGGAUCUAAGUAUUCCACAUCAGCUGAUCUUUGGUCCUUUGCUUGCAUUUGUUUUGAGCUUGCAACUGGUGAUGUCCUUUUUGACCCCCACAGCGGUGACAACUUUGAUAGGGAUGAGGACCACUUAGCAUUGAUGAUGGAGCUUCUUGGAAUGAUGCCGCGCAAGAUUGCCUUAGGUGGCCGCUAUUCUCGGGACUUCUUUAAUAGAUAUGGUGAUUUGAGGCACAUACGCAGAUUGCGUUUUUGGCCCUUGAAUAAGGUUCUCAUCGAGAAGUAUGAAUUCAAUGAAAAGGACGCAAAUGACAUGACCGAUUUCUUGGUCCCUAUCCUUGAUUUUGUCCCUGAGAAGCGGCCAACUGCUGCUCAGUGCCUUCUUCACCCAUGGAUCAGUUCAGGCCCUUGUCUCCUAGAGCCAUCUAUGCCAUCUUGUCAAAAUGAAGCCUUGGAAGGUGUAAACUCCGAAAAAAAAGGAGGGGAGAAGGAUGAGAGGGAGGCAAUGGAAAUAGGAAUUGGGAAUAUUGCAAUCAAUGCAGAUUCUAAAGCAGUAAAAGAUUCUCCAUCUGGUAGUAAGUUUUCCAAGACAGGCAUAGCUAGCUCUGCGAGGUAGGACUCUGGCAUUCAGGACUUGCAAUCUGUCCCUCCUUAUCAUCCAUAUGCAGUGUCCUGCAACAGCAGCUGGUAUUCUUGCAACGCGUGAUUACUUGAGGCUAUGGUUUGAUUUCUAUAGAUUUUGAAAGGGCAAGGAGUGAAAUGAUGCCAUGUGGCUUUGAUGCUACUUCCACUCUGGGCAGAGCAAUUGCUUAAAAAAAAAAAUGGAUACCGUGGGAGAAUUCCCUACACCUUCCUUCUGGGAACAGUUGGUCACGUUAAGCCUCUGCUACAAACUUUCUGUUUCUGAACAUUGUUCAUUUUAUGCAAUCCAUGUACCGGAUUGCUUCUCUGAAAAUGGAAAAAUAGGUACAUUACUUAAAUCCUACAAUUAUUAUUUUUUUCUCCUGCUGCAAAACUGGUGUUCUUUUCCUUUAAUAUUUCCUUAUGGAGUCUUGUUGCAUUUUAUGCGUGUCAGAGGAUCAUAAAUUUCCUCAUUUUCCAUGUAUUCUUGUGUUGUUCAUAAGAUGAGCAAUAUCAUGUUCCAUUAGAAUGGAUGAGGAAUGGACUCACAAAUUUUUUUUUCUUCA